AUGGCUCCUCCUUUUCUCUCUUUCAUUCUUUUGUUUCUGAUAAAUGCUGCUUCGAGUUCAGCUCAGGGUCCACCCUCACCUGGAUACUACCCAAGUUCAAAAAUUAGGUCCAUGGGGUUUGAUCAGGGUUACAGAAACCUUUGGGGUCCUCAGCACCAAAACGAAGACCAGGGCGGUUUAAGCAUCUGGCUUGACAGAAGCUCUGGAAGUGGGUUCAAGUCAGUUCGUCCAUAUGGCUCUGGGUACUUUGGUGCAGCCAUCAAGGUUCAGAGCGGUUACACUGCAGGAGUGAUUACUUCAUUUUACCUCUCGAACAAUGAACAACACCAGACGGAUCACGACGAGAUCGAUAUCGAGUUCUUGGGGACGACUCCUGAUAAGCCUUAUGUUCUGCAAACCAAUGUGUGGACUAAAGGAAGCGGAGAUGGGAAUAGACUUAUUGGGAGGGAGCACAGGUUCCAUCUCUGGUUUGAUCCAACUCAUGACUAUCACAACUAUGCUAUAGUGUAUAACCCAACUGAGAUCAUAUUCAUGGUGGAUGAUGUGCCGAUAAGAAGGUACCCAAGGAAGAGCGACGCCACAUUCCCAUUGAGGCCGAUGUGGGUGUACGGAUCCAUAUGGGAUGCAUCAUCAUGGGCCACUGAGAAUGGAAAAUACAAAGCCGACUACAACUACCAACCAUUCAUUGGUAGGUAUAAAGACUUCAAACUAGGCCCGGGCUCCGCCGCCUCGCCAUCCGGCACAACCGGCAUGAGCCGACAGCAAUACACGGCCAUGGAUUGGGUGCAAAGGAACUACAAGGUCUACGACUACUGCACCGACUCCAAGCGAGACCAUUCGCAGACGCCCGAGUGUUAGGAUUUUAGCUAACAAGUUAGGGUUUGGCAAUAACGUCACCCAGCUGUUGACUCUUGUUGAAGGUUAAAAAUACCUUUAUACAU